AUGCCAGAGACAACAUCAAAUACCACGAGUCGCUUUCGAAGACGCGGUACUUCCAACGCAAACUUCCCGUGGAUUAUCUGCUUCCAUGGCUCAGGUGAUUCUUGCGCUUCUUGGGAACCCUUGGCAGAUCUUCUCGACGUCUACCAGAUCCUUCUCUGGGACCGGCUAGAUCCCAAUAUUAGCCCUAAAAAAGCCAUUCUAGAAUUGCUGGAGUACCUGGACAAGUCUAGGCUUUCUUCAUGUUAUGUGCUUGUCGCGCAUUCAUAUGGCGGCACCUUUGCCAAACUCUUCCUCGAGUCAAGACCCCACCAAGUUGCAGGAAUGGUCCUCGUGGAAACAGGCCAAGAGACAGGCAUAGACCCCAAAAUCGAGCAGAGACAAUACCAAAAGCGAAUCCUGAGAAACAAACCGUUAGUUGUUAUCCGAGGAAACACUCUCAAAUGGAAGCAGCUACAGUACGAUCAGGCUCUCGCAGCAGAGCAGAACUUGGCUAGUCCAACCUUGGUGAUACAAAAGCGAAUGUUGGAUGCAACGGAUAGAGAAGAUGAAAGGCUGAAGAAGGCACAGUUGCAGCUUUCAACGAAUAAUAGAUAUGUUCAUCUGCCAGACUGUGGGCAUGGCGUCAUUGAGGCGAGGCCGGACGCUGAGGAUGAAGUACUAGUGACGAAAGAUCAAGAAACUGAUAGAGAAAACCAACAGCUUGUUUCGAAGAAGAGUGUUUCGAAGCGGUUGAAACGGAUGGCCGUUGUGGGAAAGUUUGCAAAGCUAUUUAGGAGAUCGGGACGAUAA